CUCUUUCCUACCUACGGCAUAAAGGGACCCUGACACGACUCUCUGAGCGGCCAGACCGCAUGCGAAGCACCUAGUUAACGAUCCUCCAUUCCAUAACUAUCUUAGGUAACAUCGACAUGUCGCAUUCAAAACUUCCAAGCUCGACGGGGGUCCCUAAGCCACCGCAUAGCCCAGCGACAAUUGAGAAAAAAGAACUUGCGAAGAGCCGGUUCUUGCGCUUUGUGGAUGUAAACUAUCACGGGCCCAUAGACAACGCGAAGGCAAGUUGGCAGUACGUGGAGCGGACGACACGUAGAGGCGACGUGGACGCUGUCAACGUGUUUGCAAUCUUAAAGCAUAAGGACGGCAACCACCAAGUGCUGGUAGUCAAGCAAUACCGUCCACCUCUCGAAAAGUACACCAUUGAGCUGCCCGCGG